CUCAGUCUGAGCAGGAUAUGAAACGAACGUUUGACGUAAACGUGGCCCCUCAAUGAACCUGCAGAGUCACUGCUCCGUCACAUUCAGACCGGUUUUAUACAUUUCAACAGAAAUCUGUCUCAACAGCUUCCUACAGAUGUGUAUCCAGAGGACGGUCUGACGUGUCCAACGUCCCUCAGCGUCCUCCACCCGGUCCGAGUCCACCAGCACUAUGGUCAGUAGCAGGAUGCUGCUGCUCAGCGCCUCCUGCUGGCUGCUGGUUUUUGUAGGGAGCUGUGAGGAGCUGAGAGAGGAGCGACCACAUGAGGACGACGCCUCCAAGAUGCAGGAGGAGAAAGAACUGAUUGAAGCUCUGCAGGAGGUUCUGGAGAAGUUAAAGAGUAAACAGUUGCCGUUGACGGAGAAGAAACUCGGCUGGCUUCCUUCAUGUGAUGCAGGCGAGCAGUGUGCGCUGCGUAAAGGCUCGAGGAUCGGGAAGCUGUGUGGAUGUCCCAGAGGAACCGUCUGUAACUUCAAUGUCUUCAAAUGUCUGUAGAGUCGAAAGACAAACGUCCUUCAAAAUAAAGGCAGGUUUUUAAAAACU